CUUCAACACGUCCACACACCGAACCACACACUCGCAUAGGGAGAGAGAGAGAGAGAGAGAGAGGGAGAGAGAGAGAAGGGGGCGGUGAAUCGUUUCUUUCUGUCCGUCCUCCGCUCAAUCUUCAGUUCUCCUCUAAACAUGGCUGCGCUCUCAGCCUGGUUCUGGAACGAGCGCUUCUGGCUUCCGCACAAUGUCACUUGGGCGGAUCUGGCCGACCCGGCGCCCGGCCUGGAGUACCCAAAGGCCGGGCACCUGCUGCCCGUGCUCCCGCUGGCUCUGGGGAUCUUCGUAGUGCGCAUCUUCUUCGAGAGGUGUAUCGCAGGUCCAUGCGCCUCUAUUCUUCAAAUCCAGACGGAAGUGAGCCGGAGAGCCCAGCCCAACGCCGUCCUGGAGAAAGUGUUUACAUCCAUCACAAAGUCCCCAGAAUCACGCCAUCUUCAAGGUCUGUCCAAACAGCUGGACUGGGAUGUCCGAAAGGUCCAGAGAUGGUUCAGACACAGGCGGAACCAGGACAAACCCAGCACACAAACCAAAUUUUGUGAGAGCAUGUGGAGGUUUACUUUCUAUCUUUGUAUAUUUAUCUACGGCGUGGGUUUCCUGUGGCAGUCUUCCUGGAUGUGGGACACAAGGCAGUGCUGGUUCAAUUACCCCUAUCAGGUGCUGACCCCAGGCCUGUAUUAUUACUAUAUAACAGAACUGGCCUUCUACUGGUCACUAAUGUUCUCACAGUUUACAGACAUCAAAAGAAAGGAUUUUCUCAUUAUGUUCGUUCAUCAUCUGGCCACGGUCAGUCUGAUCAGUUUCUCAUAUGUAAAUAACAUGGUGCGUGUGGGCAGUCUGGUCAUGUGUGUUCACGACGCCUCAGAUUUCCUGUUGGAGGCUGCAAAAUUAGCAAAUUACGCCAAAUACCAGCGAUUAUGCGACGCCGUGUUUGUGGUGUUUGGAAUGGUCUUCUUUGGGACGAGAUUGAUCAUUUACCCCUUCUGGAUCUUGAACACGACGCUGUUUGAGAGUUGGGAGAUCAUCGGUCCGUACCCGUCAUGGUGGCUCUUCAACUGCCUGCUGCUGGUGCUGCAGAUUCUACACAUCAUCUGGUCUUACCUCAUCGCACGCAUCGCCUUCAAAGCCAUCAUGAGAGGAAAGGUUUCCAAAGACGACCGCAGUGAUAUUGAAAGCAGCUCGGAGGAAGAAACCGAAAUGCCCGCCAAAGAUCGGCUCAAGAUGGCCGCCCGCAACAACGCUGUGUCGCCCAAAGGAGAAAACGGCACCAACGGCCAUUACAGCUCCAAAUCCUGGAACCAAAACCACGGCGACUCGUGACACUACACAGACCUCCCUGUACCUCCUGUUCCAAACCCAAAAAAUGAAAAACUACACAAAAAAACCAGAACAAUCCUCUUUUGGGGUAUUUAUGAGACACAGUUGGGAGUUUUUUUCCAGUGAUGAUAAAAGUGAUGGACAGUAACUUUGACAAUACGGACACUAUAUACGAAGCUUGUGAAAAAGAAAACAAGAUGAAUGAGAGAAAUGAAUUAAAUUAGUGAUAUUUGCAUUCCCUCGUUUGCUUGUUUUGGGAGUCGAGAAGAGAUUUGACGUUCUUCUUUCGAUCUUCACGUUUUACUGAAGGUCAAGGAGCUUCUCUUUAGAUUUUAUUGGUUGGACGUGCUUGAGUUUCUGUUCACGAUUGUUUUUUCAUUGUUUGUUUUGGUUAUUGUUGUGAUUUUAAUGUUUCCUGUUCUGUUUUUCAUUUUGCAAACCAAAUAAGAUUAUUGAAAUAAAAGCUGGGACUUUG